AUGGAGCAGGACUUAGAAGUAUUUCAGGAACAAGCUGUCGCUAAAGCUUCUCCAUGUGAAGCUGAGCUUCAGGAAUUAGUGCAUCAAAUUGACAUCAUGGUAAACACCAAGAAAGUGGAAUGGGAAAAGAAGAUGAAAGCUUUAGAAGCAAAGAUGGUUAUCCAGGAUCAAGAAUUAGCAAGUGCCCAAAGCAAACUGGAUCAAAAAGGUCAAGAGGUGGGACUACUUCGACAGAAACUGGAAGACUUACAAAAAACUAAACAUGAAAUGGCUCAGAAUUAUGAAACUCAGCUUCAAGCACUGAAAUCUCAAUUUUCAAAGUUGACACAUAGUUUUGAAAAGCUACAGUCACAUCAGUUAAAACAAAAAAAGCUUGAAAAUAGAGAAAAAUGUGAGGAAAGCCUAGAGACACCAUCUGAACUGAGCAAUUUAUACAAGAAACUGGAGGAAUUUAAGGCAAAAUCAAGAGAAUGGGAUAAGAAGGGGACAAUCUGCCAAAAUCAUCUCAUUUAUUUAGAUGCUCAACAAAAAUUAUUAUCUGAGAAAUGUAAUUUAUUUCAGAAGCAGACCCAGAAUUAUCAAUUCCAAAUAAGCAAUAAGAAAAAAAAACAAGAAGAGUUAACUACCUAUGGCCAGCCCGAAAGUGAAAAGGAUGAGUUAAUUAUUGAAAAGCUAAAGGCAACUGUGAACGAAAUAGCAAUAAACAAGAAUAAGCUAGAAGAGGAAAAUCUGAAACUCCGGGAGGAUCUAAAAAUGUACCAAAACCAGUGCCAGAACAUGGAGGCAGGCUUUUCAGAAAUGAGAAAUGAGCUUCAGUCACGGGAUGCUCUCUGGAGAAGGAUACAACUGGAAUGCCGACAGUUGCAUACAGAGUUAUUGAAAAUCAAAGAGUAUAAAGAUAUGCAGGAAAUUCAAAUAAAGCAUCAAUCAUCUUGUGUACAACUUACUGAGCAACUAGAAAAUAAAAACGCUGAGUUAUUACUAUUGGCACAAAGUCAAGAACGCCAACGAGAAGAGCUGAAGAAGAUAAGAAACCAUGUUUAUCAAGAGGAGCAGUCCCAUCGCUCUGAGCAGGAAAGAAUGAAGACAGAAAUCUCUGACCUGACAGAAGAGCUUCAUCAGAAGGAGAUCACUAUAGCAACUAUCAUGGAGAAAGCUAGUCUUCUGGAAAGACAGUUAAAAAUGGAGUUAGAGAUAAAAGACAAAUUGUUAGCAAAACAACAGUUGUUGGAUUUCCGAUACAAAGUUAUCAAAUCUGAAAACACACAUCUAAAAGAGAUGGUGGAAAACCAGGAGUGUAAAAGUUGCAUGUAUUUUGAUUCAUGUACAAUGGAGGCUAACCCAUCUGAGAAGCAGUGUUUAGUAACACAGACGGAGAGCACUGUUCUAAUGUGGCUUUACUUACUGCUUCUGAAACUGAUGAGUAUAGAUUUAACUAACAAAGAACAUGGAAAUUUCACAGCUUCCCUUCACGAAGUAGAACAUGAGAAUGUAAGAUCACAAAAUAGUCUUGUUAAACUACAAAAUGACACAGAAACAUCGAUACUGGGUUGCACGGAUACAUAUGGAGAAACAGAGCACAGCUACCAAACCCACUCAAAGAUGCAAGAAAAGGAAGAGAGAACUUUCCAGAAGAAAGAUGCAUGGGAAAUGGAACGUCAACAGACUGCUAUGUUCACAGCCAGUGGCUACCACAGGAACUGUAGUCCUGCUUUAUAUGACCAAGGCAAUAUCACUGAUUCAAAAAGUGAUAGCACUUUAUCUUAUACACUUGACAGAGGUCAUGAAAAGAAAAUAGAUGACAAAUCUCCAUCAUUACCCAUGGGGUAUCCUUUGGGCUUUGGUGGGCCGUUUCCUGAAAAGGGCAGAACAGGCAACUUACUGAGCCCUGCUUACAAUGCAGAAGAAAUCAAAUUAUCUUCUCUCCCUGAGAUGUCCUUCCUUGCAACAACAGAAAAGUUCCUUCAAGAGGAAGAGAAACAUACAAGAGAGUUUGAAGAACGUUUAAAUUUGCACCUUGAAGAACUACAAAGAUAUUCUGAAAAUACUCUAAAAAAAUAUGCCAGGACACAGCAAAGUAGGCAUACUUAA